UUCACGCUGGUUCCGCGUGUUGAUACUGAAGAGAGAGGACCGAGGAGAAACAAGUUUUUCGCAUCGCAGAGAUCCAAACUCAGGCAGAAACCAGAGGAAAAUGGAGAUGAAGAAGAGGGUUGGGUUAGAAUUGAGGAACCGGUCACCGACAGAGGUCCAGGAGCUGGUUCUGGACAACUGUCGCUCUGGUGAAGGGAAGAUCGAAGGAAUCACAGAUGAGUUCUCAAAUCUGGAGCUGCUCAGCCUCAUCAAUGUCGGCCUGACCAGCGUAGCAGACAUCCCCAAACUGGACAAACUCAAAAAGUUGGAGUUGAGUGACAACAGGAUAUCAGGCGGUCUGGAGGUGCUGGCAGAGCGGCUGGUGAACCUAACGCACCUAAACCUCAGUGGGAACAAGUUCAAAGACAUCAGCACCCUGGAGCCUCUGAAAAAGUUGCCCCAGCUGAAGAGUCUCGACCUGUUUAACUGCGAGGUGACCAACCUGGGUGACUACAGGGAGUCCAUCUUCAAGCUCCUCCCCCAGCUCACCUACCUGGACGGCUAUGACAUCGACGACUGUGAGGCGUCUGACUCUGACGGAGAGGGUGACGGAGUCGAUGAUGAGGACGAGGAGGGCUUGGAGGGGGAGUCGGAGGACUUCGAGGAGGAGGAGGAGGAUGACGAGGAGGACGUAGUAGCUGAAGAUGAUGACGAAGAUGAUGACAGUGUUGACGAUGAGGACGGAGAGGUGAACGGAGACGUAGACAGCGAAGACGAUGACGAGGAUGAGGAAGAUGACGAGGACGAUGACGAGGACUCGUCUCCGGCCAAAGGAGAGAAGAGGAAGAGGGACCCUGAAGAUGAGGAUGAUGAAGAUGAUGAUUAAGGACCCACAAAGACCCCACAAACCCCUCUGACCUCUCGCCCGGUGACCCCCUCCCCCUCUCCCUACAUGACCUCUCCCCACCCCCCACCAAGCUCGCCUUCCUCCUCUGACUCCUCCCCUUCACUCAGUGACUCCUGGGCUGCAUUCCAUUUAUCAAACCGGUCACCUCCCACUGCGCCCUCGCCUCCUCCUGCAGACCGAAACACACGUUUGCAACUUCCGUUAAUACAUCAAAACACCUAUUGCUCAUAUUUCUUUUUUCUUUCUCUCCGUUAUGCAAAAGUCUGUCACUAUUUGGUUAUUUCAGUCUUUUCAAAUUCAUAUUAUCAGAUCCCAAAAUAACCUUCUGCAACCCUGAUGAACAAACAUCUAAUUAUGCAAAUAUAUUUCUCCUAAAUGUUAAUACUCUCUGGCAUCUUCGUGUUUCGGCACAGUAACGUGAGAGAUCUUCAGAUUCACAAAACAAAUCAGAACUUUCUUCACUUCAUCAUUUUGUCUCUGAAUCGUCAGAAAAUCAUAAAAAAUAGUCGUUAUUAUGUCUCGUCUGAAAGUCACGUCUCCAGAUGUCUGGUUUUUCAACCAUGUAAUAAUAUUAUCAGUAAACUGUCAGAUCUGUCAGAGAACAGCAGAAAUCUUCAGAUUUUUAAGGCUGGAACCAGAAAACUUUGGGCAUUUUUAUUCAGUUAUUGCGUUAAUGUUCUGUAAAUUCUCUGUCACUGAUAAGUGAAUCUACAAUGGAUAGAACUUGAAAAGCUGAGGCACCUCACUGCUCAGUAAUUAAAAAGGAAAAGCAGCAUAAAGUACCUCUGUGACAUUAAUAGGACUUAAAUUUUCAGAGAAAUUCAUACCAACUGAUUUGAAUCAGAAUCUUAUUUCACAAAAAACACUUAAACUCAGUCGGUUAUUGGUUUUUGCUGUUACGUCUGACAGAAUAUGUAGGAAGAAGGCGUUUUGGUGACCGCUGAAUUCUGUUCUAAAAUUACAUUUAAAAAGCCCUUUUUUUCCCAAAACAAAAGGCCAAAAUUUGCAGACCAGAACCUUAGACGAGGAAUUACAAACUGUCAUUUUUCUGCAUCUGUAAAUGAUGUUAACAUGUAAAACACAGUCGUAUUAUUACUUUAACCCCAUUUUUAUGUCUCUGCACAUAAAUUCGUCAAGUGGUACAUGAUUGAAAUUUUAGGACAAAUGAAAGUACAAAUUCCUACUCCGCUAACAACAAGUAAACGCAUCCGGAGGUUUAAUAAUGUAUAGAUAAAAAAAAAAAAACUUUCGCAAAUACAGAAAAUAAUUUUAAACACAAAACUGUUUUGCAAAUGCUCAAAUUCCACAAAUAAAAAAAAAUCUGUGAAGAAAUUUAUUUACAAAUAAAUUAAAAAUAUCUUUCUAACAUUUUCAACAUUUGAAGAAAUAUUUGUGAAUCCAGUUUUUUAUUUGUGGAUUUCAAUUCUACGCUGGCAGAUUUAUAUUUCACACAGCUUUUUUUUUUUUUUUUUUUUUUUUUUUUUUGUGAAAUUUGUGUUUUUGCUGAUGUUUUAUUUUGCCAAAUAUUUUUGUGAGUUUAAAAAUCACUUUUGUAUUUGCAGAAGUUGUUUUAUAUUUACAGAUAACACGGAUGAUAUUGGCACAAAUCAAUCUCCAUACAAAAACAUGAGCUUUCUUGCUUUUUUGUUGUUGUUGUUGUGAGAUCAGAAACUAUUUUGAUCACGAGAGACGUUGACCAUGUAAACUGUCAAGUAAAUCUCAGUGUCAGCAAGUUUUUGACAUGGCCGGGAAAUUAUUUUGUAAACACGUAAACAAUAAAGAGAAAAUUUGGGGCUGUGGAAGGAGACAGAACGAGGGCUCGUGGGAGGUCCUUUACCAUCUUCCUCUGACACCCACCCUGGGACUGAGCCAGCUGUUAUGAUGUCAUCACCGCCCUCCCAACAGGCUCUGUGAUGUCAUCAGCGGACAGUCAAACACAGCGAUCACAUCCCGACCCCCCCCCCCCCCCCGAGGCUGAGCGCGCUCAGGGCAAACUGUGUUCUCUCUUUUUUGCCAACAGAGCUUUUUAAAAGAAAUAUUUUUUCAGAGAAAUUGUUUUUGUUUAAUUUUGUAUGGUUGUCUGGGGACACUCUCUUUCUCUCUGUCUCUCUCUCUCCGUCUCUCCUUUCUUUUCUCUUCCUGCUCAGUAGAGAGAUCCAGUUGAUCCUUCACACUUACACUGACUAGUUGAUGUUGUUUUCUUUUAUUUUCUUUUUUUUUUACUUUCUGUAAGUUAAAGGAAAAACCAACAAAAAAAGACACACAAAAAGGACUUUGUAAAUAAAAUCUUAACAUUUUGCUCCUGG